AUGGAAGAUAUCUCUGCAGCGCUCGAAGUCGUCAGCAACAGUCCAUACGACAUCAAAAACUAUCCAAAAUGUAUCCAACUCUGCGCACAACAAGAUACAACCACCUCAACUGAUACCAAUGGACAUGCUGAGAGUAAAACAUCGAGUGAGGGAGGUGGUUUGGCUGCCGAAGUGCGAGGGAUGAUGGUCAGUGCCGUCGGUGCAACGUCUGAUGUGUGGUUGCCGUUGCUCCAGUUCAAGGUGUCUGCAUUGAAGGAGUCUGGAUCGGAAGAAGAUGCUCAAGCUCUCCUUGGGCUAUUUCACGCGUCGAGGAAUGAUUAUUUGUCGAUCCCAAUCCUCAGGUUUCAAGCCCAGUCCCUUAUUGAUCUCAAUGCGCAUGCGAGGAGCGAAGGAGGGAGUGCCACGCAGUUCUGGAACGAGGAGAGUGUGCGAGAGGAAUUACAGGCCAUUUCGACCAUGGCCUCCCAGAGCAUUUCAAAGAGCCAUCAAGUAUGGGAUCUCUGGGCCGCAUGGGAGCUCGAACGACUGGAAACUAUUGCCGAAGGCUCCUCGGAGAGGGAUGAAGCUGUUCAGAGAAUCAACGACAUGUUUCUCUCGCGCCUACGACAACCACAUAGCAAUUACACGUCCACAAGCGACAUGUACUCCCCGUUCGUCUCAACAUACUAUCCACCAGAAGAAUACGAAGAGCGUCUUAUCAACGCCACCAAAACCAAAGAGCUACCACUCAAACAGCUCACAUGGCGCGAAGGAAACCCAAAACGCGUUCGCGAGCAAUUGGACCUCCGCGCGGAAAAUGGGGGGUCUCGCGAGUGGAGGCAAUAUCUCGAUUGGGAACUCAAGGCGAAGAAGCCGCAGAUGCGAUUCAUUUCUGCGGUGUACGAGCGGGCUCUGGAGUGUGCAGCAAGAGAACGGUGGACGUAUCUUUCGCAAAUAUUGGGUGACGAAUCAGAUACAAUAAAGCACCAUCUACAAGCGGCGGAACAGAAUCUCUACGAUUUGUGGAUGGAGUACUUGGUCUAUAACCAAAAGACACUCAAAGACGAGGAGAGGUCUCAAUUGUCAACACUUGCGAAACGAGCGACGCGCUGCAUACCGGAGCAUGGAGAGGCUUGGUCCUUUUACAUGAGGGAAAUCGAAAGGGUCAAUUCAUCAUCCUCGGAAGACAUGGAGACAGAAGAGGCGAACUCCACGGAGACUGUACCCGACAUUUAUUCGAGACUUGUCGCAAUGAAUCUUCUCCAGAACAGCAUAGAGGACUUGGUCGUGGUCGCCAUUUCUCGGGCAUCGUGGGGCAAGCGACGUGUCUUUAUACAAGAAGGGGAAGAAACCGCGAUUGACCAGGAUCAGAUGGGCGAGAUCAUCCAGGUACUCGAAGAAGCCAUAGCUACUAUACGGCAAAAGGAGGGCGGCGACCCCAAGAUGAGAUUGGAAAUGUUUUUAUCGGCAUUCUACUCCAGCCUUGGAAUCCCUGAGAGUGGGCUUGAAACUCUCAAUUCUGCGUGCAAGUUUUACAAGACAUCGUACCUUGCAUGGCUAAACUAUGUUGAUCGCUUAAUCUCCGCAAAUCAAAUCGUCGAGGCUCGACGGGUCUUCAAGGACGCUAGCCAACGCAAAGGCUUGGAUUGGCCAGAGAUGAUCUGGGAACGAUGGGUGUCCUUUGAGUACCAGUUUGGGUCUUUGGAGGAGAUUGAGCAUGCACUCUCCGCUACCAAGGACUUUAAGCGGCGCGAAGACGCACGGCGACAAAAAGCAUGGCAGGCCCAGGCGUAUGCUCAGAUCCCAGUCUCUCAAGGGCACGUCCCGGCGAGUGCGUUGGUUGAGCAUGCCUCGAAUGGUAUGGGCUCGAUGGCCCAGGCGAAUGGUCACAUGGAAGUAGACGCUACGCACGCAGCAGUCAUUGAUCGACCGCUGAAGCGCAAGCGAAGUGAAGAUGAGAUUGUGGUAGAUGCGCACUCGCCCAAGAAGCCGCGUCCGGACGGGCCUGCGGAGUCAACAGAGAUGGAUGUUGCUGCAUCUAGCCCGCCAAAGUCUCAAGCUGGUGCAGAAGCUGCUCUCAAGCGGCAAGUUCCCCUUGCUCAAGACCGAGAACGGACAACGGUGUUGGUGUCCCAACUACCGAGUAAGACGACAGAGAUCGACGUUCGAAAUCUAUUCAAAGAUUGCGGUGAAAUCCGUGAAGUCGCUGUCAAAGAGCUGCCCAAUGAGCUGGUGGCGACCGUGGAAUUUAUGGAAAAAGAAUCGAUCCCUGCGGCACUCACCAAAGAUAAGAAACGGAUUCAUGGCGUCGAGGUUUCGGUAGAAGUUGCUUGGCAUUCAACCUUGUAUGUCACCAACUUUCGGGAAGGGAUGGAUGACGCGGAAAUGCGGCAGCUGUUUGACGAGUUUGGCACGAUUCUGGACAUCCGAUGGCCCUCGAAGCGAAUCAAAACUACGCGAAGAUUCUGUUAUGUGCAGUACACCAAAGCGAGUGCAGCGCAAGCCGCUCUUUCACUUGCUGGUCGCGAAACCGAACCUGGUUUGCGCCUUGUUGUGCUGGUAUCUGAUCCUGCUCGAAAGCAACAGCGGACUGACGCUGGAGCCCGCGAGUUGCGUGUGACUGGGGUGGUGAAAUCCGUCACGAAAGCUGACUUAGAGAAGUUAUUCUCUGCUCAUGGAACCCUCAAGGACGUUCGCCUCAUUCCAGCAGCGAAUAACAAUCAGACAGCGUUUGUCGAGUUUGAAACCGAGGAAGCAGCGCAGAAGGCGCUUGUCCUCAACAAUCAUCUUCUCAAGAAUCGCCGGCUUGCAGUCACGAUGGCAGAUACCAAGCCGAGUCGUGCUCCACAAGCACCGGCCGCCAAAGCAGAGGCAGCAGCGCGUUCUGUGAGGAUCAAAAAUCUGCCGAAGGAUACGCAGGAGCCAUUGCUUCAACAAGCAUUGGAAAAAGUCGUGCAGGUUGUGCGUGUGAUUGUCAUUGAAGACAUCAACGAGGCCGUCGUGGAACUUCCCAGUAUCGCGGAUGCUGGACGCCUGGUGCUGGAACACCCUACUCUAGAGUUUCAAGGCCAUACGAUUACCCUGUCUGAAGAAGGCCGCUCUUCUACCGUCGCGUACCGUGGCCGUGGACGAGGGCGUGGGAUGGCACGGGGGACAUCCGACUCGCAUGCUCGAGCAAAGUCUGAUCGAGAGUUGAUGCCGCCUCCCCCAAUUCCGGCGGCGUCUAAGAGUCAAGGCGAUACGGAAAUGAAAGAUAGAGAACUUCAGUCCCAACCUCGAGGUGGUGGACCGUCUCGUGGACGAGGCCGUGGAAGGCCCGGUAUUGGAAUGCGCUCAGCCAGAGGUAGAGGAGAGCAAAGUGCUCCUUCGGGCACGUCGGAGAGUGGCUCCGCAGCGCCAACCUCAAACAAGCCACGAAAUCAAGACGACUUUAGGAAGAUGCUAGGCAUUUGA